AUGGACCUCCUAGACAUCUCACAGACAACCUCGGACAAUGAAACUACUUCGGUGAAACGGAUCUGCGUUAUCGGGGCAGGUGCGGGAGGACUGGCUGCGCUGAAAGCCAUCGUGGAAGCUCCUCAGCACAAGGCAGGCGAGUGGAAAGUCACCGCUUUUGAAGCAAGAAACGAAGUUGGCGGUAUCUGGCUACCAGCUCCCCCGACAGAUGACCCUCCGUUAACGCCUCUAUACGAUUCUUUAACCACGAAUUUACCGCAUCCAGUUAUGGCAUUUACGUGCUUCCCAUUUCCACCAUCAACCGCCAUGUACCCGUCGGCAUCGGUGGUUGAGAAAUACCUCACCUCAUAUGCAGAACACUUCGGUCUGAUGGAACACAUACAACUCAACACAGCAGUGACUAACGUUGCUCGAAAUUCCACCAAUACUGGGUGGACGGUAACACUGUCUACUGGGGACGAUAGCAAUUACGACCUCGUCAUCGUUGCGAACGGACAUUAUCGUGUCCCACGAUAUCCUAAUACGCCAGGGCUGGAUCUAUGGCUGAACGCGCAUAAGGCUAAGCACUCGGCAUGGUAUCGACAUCCUUUGGAUUUGGGAGCGAAGGUAUUAGUCGUUGGCGACGGGCCCAGCGCUCGAGAUAUCUCAGCCGAAAUGUCCACUUCACCCACCACAAAGACCCUCGUCCGCUCCGUGCCUAACGCACCCAACACCGAAAUCGCCAAUAUCAAAACUCGCGGCCGCAUUACCUCCUACUGCGCCGACUUGAGCAAAGUCAUCUUUGAGGACGGAUCAACGGAAGAGGGCGUCGAUUUCGUCAUCCUAGCUACUGGCUAUGAGCUCUCGUUCCCUUUCUUAUCUCCUGAGAUCCUCAAGCCUGGGCUGGCGCCUCCAAUACCCCCACUUCCUCGGGAUACGUAUAAUUCGACGUACAACGUAUUCCCACUCGCAAAACAUAUCUUCCCGCUCCAAUCUCGCUACCCACCGUCAUCUCUGGCAUUCAUAUGUCUUCUCAUGCGUGUCGUCCCGUUUCCUCUCAUGGAGGCCCAAGCCCGGGUCAUCGUACACGCGUUCGCGAACCCCGAUGCAAUUGAUGAUACUGAAGAAGCCGUUGAUAUCAUCACCCAUCAUGAAGACUUGCGCCGUGAAAUAGGUGACAUCGACGCCGAUGCCACGUCGCAGAAGAUAUCUAAGUUGUGGCAUGUUUGCAGAGGAGACAAGCAAUUCUCUUACCGUGACGAGUUGCAUCGGUUCGCUGAACGGGACGGUCUGGGAAUGGUUGUCGUCCCCGAUUGGAUUAAAGAGGCGUACGAGAAAAAGGAGGUGCUACGUGAACUAUGGGUGGAUUUGGUGAGCAAGGGAGAGGCAGAUGAUUGGGUACGAGGCGUAGGUGAGAAGGGCGAGCAUGAAUGGGUGGAUGUCUUGCGAAGAAUGAUACAAUAUGCUGAGAAUCGAGAAAAGCGCUUGGCUGGAAAAGAAGAAAACAAUAUAGUUGGUGACAUUGCCAAGCUAUGA